GUCACUUCGUGGUCAAGUUGGUUUUCUUCCCAACACCGUCACGUCUUUUGAAAUUCUCAAUGACCUCGGGCCCCCACCAGCCACCUGACAUUGCAUAAAAUCUCAUCUCCUCUUUUUCUUCUGUUUGCCCAGCUUAUAUUAUCUUAUCUUUUAUUGACCAUGGGUUUUUUCUCUGAUCCCGCGAGUGCCAGUGUGGAGGUAUCUAUGGAAUUGUUAUCAGUGGAAGCGGACCCUGACUCUCCUGGGACUCCCACCAGUAAGAGGAGCCAACGGCCUCGUCGCACCAAGUCGAUGGACCAGUCGGCUCUGGAAAGUCCACGAAUGCCGGCCAAGAUCCGCAAUCUGCGUCACAGUAGCAUCAGUAACAAGAUGCCUUCGGUCUUUCGAGACAGUGCUAGCAUGGGCACUAGUAGCGGCCCGAACAGUCGAAGAGGUAGCAUGGCCGAUGGAUCCAUGAACUCUUCCAUUGGCGGGUCAUCCUCUAUGCAAGACCACCUAGAAGACAUUGAAGCCUUUUGCAACGUCAUGAAACAAACGCCAAGCAAAGAACGAAAUCGUAUGCUCAAAGAAUCCAUCAAUCACAAAGAACAACGAGGGCGAAAAAAGUCUAUGAGACGAACCAAGUCCAUGGAUUAACUCUUAUACCCAUUCUCUGAUCUUAUCUUGACUUGAUUUGACUUAUAUCAUCUACUUGUUCCUGCAAGAGUUUUGGAAACCGCACAAAAAAGACUUCAACCCUCAUCCCUCUUUCAUUCAUGAUUUAUAGAUACCCUACCGUACCAGUAAAGACCUAAUAAAAACAAUAAUAACCAAUGGUAUACUUGUGCAG